AUGGUAAUCAUCAAGCUUCUUGCCCGACUUGAAGGUAGACAUUCCUUGAAGGAAAUAGAACCAUACCUGUUUGCUGAUGAAGAAUCACCUGUACAUGGUGAUAUUCUUGAAUUCCAUGGUCCAGAAGGAACAGGAAAAACAGAAAUGCUCUAUCAUUUGACAGCCCGGUGUAUACUUCCAAAGUCAGAAGAUGGCCUGGAAAUAGAAGUCUUGUUUAUUGAUACCGAUCACCACUUUGAUAUGCUUCGCCUUGUGACGGUUCUUGAGCACAAACUGUCCCAAAGCUCUGAGGAGACGGUCAAGUCUUGUCUUGGGAGAUUGUUCUUGGUAUGCUGCAAUAGCAGCUCCCAGUUACUUCUUACACUUUACUCCCUGGAAGCUAUGUUCUGUAGCCACCCCUCGCUUUGCCUUUUGAUUUUGGAUAGCUUGUCAGCUUUUUACUGGAUAGACCGAGCCAAUGGAGGAGAAAGUGUUAACUUGCAGGAAUCUACUCUGAGGAAGUGUUCUCAAUUCUUAGAGAGACUUGUGAGUGAGUAUCGCUUGAUUCUUUUUGCAUCAACACAAAGCAUCAUGCAGAAAUCCACCAACUCAACAGAAGGAGCUUCUGCUUCUGACUUUAAGUGCCCAGGAAAUGACUACAUAGACUACAGACCCUAUCUCUGUAAGACAUGGCAACAGAUGGUAAAGCACAGAUUUUUUUUUUCCAAACAAGAGGAUUCUCAAGGGAACAACCAAUUUGCCUUAGUUUCACGAAACUUGAAAAGUAAUCGUUUAAAAAAGCAUUUUUUUAUUAUUGGAGAAAGUGGGAUUGAAUUUUCUUAA